AAUUUAUGUACUUAAAUAAUGCUUUGGGGUUGGUUUUGCACUCUUUGGCUAUAAUUUUUUCACUUUGAAGUUUAGCGAAUCUAAUCACCUUUUUGCACACAUUAUUGGCUUCCUUAUAUCUUUUAUAGGAUGCAUCUGAUUUGUCCAAUUUAAAAUGCCCUUUCCUUAUUUUUAAUAUCCUGAGCCACCACAGGAAUACAGUAGUAAAAAUAUACUUAGCUGAGGGAGCAGCAAAGAAAGAGGAAGUAGAGAUAUGGUUCCUGCUUUAUAUAGGAUUGUGCCUGUAUUUCAUUGGAUGAUGUGUUGUUAUGCAUAUGAUGUAUGUACAUGAUGUUAUUUUUUCAUUUUCCAUUGUUUUUUCAACUAUGUUAAUGUUAUCUUGCUUUGCUGCUGAGGGAAUUUAAGAAAUAGUGCAGCAUAUUAUGAGCCUCCGUGUCUUUAAUAAAAUCUGAUUUAAUCUCUCUUAAACAACAAUUUGUUUUGUUUUAGAAAAGUGAAUCCAUAAUUAGUCUUGUAGAUGCUGCAGAGGCUAAAGGAAUACUCCAAGCAUCAUAGCCACAAAAACCGUUAAUGAACAAUAUAAUCCAAAACACUGGAAGAUGGCGUCCAAUAACUCUGCCUCUCUACUUCCUUUCUUGGUCUGAAACUUUCUGAGUGAAAUCACCGCUGAGAGCAUAAGCUGGUUUUCUUAGACUAUCAGCGGCGCCUGCUCCGAGGCUUCCUGAUUGAAAAUUGGACCAAAAAAGGUCCCAUCUUUUAGAGGCAGAUCGGUUGGGCACAGUCUUCAGGAAUUCUGGAACUGUUUAGAAUGGUUUAACAUGUAAAGACAGUGCCCAGGAGCUCCUCACAGUAUAACAACUUUAUUGUAAUGCUGUGAGGAGUUGUUAUGUUGUUAUGGUGCCCGGAAUGGUCCUUUAAAGUUAUUCCCGGAGUGGUCCUGUAAUUUUUUUCAAUUAUUUUGUUCUAAAUAUUAAUAUGCCAAGAUAAAUAAAUAUAUAUAUGUGUAUGCUAAAAAAUUUUUAUGCUUAACCAGUGACAUGUGACAAUGCCCUCAAUAACACGUGCGGAUACAUAUUCAACGCAACACACAACAUAUAAGCUCACCGUAGACACACAGGCUCGGGGGGAGGCACGGGACACACCGGCCUUCCCGACCCCAUAACCUUACACCCCUUUCUCCUCUCCUCACACCCGACUGCUCUUUGCCCCCGCAGAAGAGCGGGGCAAAACUCCACCUCCGACUUUCCUGGCUAUAUCCCUGUAAGACCAGGUACAACUGACACACUUAACGAACCCACCAGCACUUGACACCACACCACACUCCAACACUACACUACCUUUCCCUUACCUCAUCUACCCCAGCCGACCCCCCACCCCCACCCCACCCCACCCACCUGUUCUCCCUUUGCACCACCCAGGGGCAAAACACCCCGGAAAGGGACAAACUGGGAGGAGAUCCAUGGCACCCCCGCUGACAUGUAUAUUCAUCAAUUGCAAGGGCCUCAACAACCCUCUCAAGCGCCACCAAACCAUGCGAUGGGCAAACAGAACCCACGCGCAAAUUAUUUUCUUACAAGAAACCCACUUCCAACACAACAGACCUUUCCCCCUACAAAAUAGAAAUUUCAACAGGAACUUCCUUGCUAACUCACCGACAGGCAAACAAAAUGGAGUAGCGAUACUAAUGCAUAAAGCAUGUCCCCUUACAGUGGACAAAACCGAGGCAGACCCACAAGGGCGCUAUGUAACGGUGGCAGGGAAAAUAGGCACCCAAAAAUACGCCUUUACCUCGAUUUACGCUCCAAACAUCCCUUCAACCUCCUUUUGGCUGGCACUACAGGCGCAUCUAGCACUGUUCUCCUCAUACCACCUGGUAAUAAGAGGAGACUACAACGCCACCCCAUCCUCAUGCGCACACACCUUGUGGACACAUGGAGGGCGCAACACCCGGCCUCUCGGGACUACACAUUCUACUCCCACCCACACCAAUCCCACUCACGCAUAGACUUAUUCCUGACCUCCCCAUCUGUAUUACCAAUGAUCAAAUCCACAACAAUAGGAUCAAUCACGCUGUCGGACCACACUGAAAUCUCACUUACCCUCGACCCACCGGCCAUGACCCGCCGAUGGCACUGGCGCCUGAACCCCACCCUAUUGCAUAACCCAGCGAUCAGAGAUUACACCUCUCAGGCCAUCACCGACUAUUUCACACUGAACCAACACUCAGUCACCUCACAGGGGAUACUAUGGGCGGCGCACAAGGCAGUAAUUAGAGGCACAUUAAUAAGCCAGGCCACCCACCACAAGAAACAACGCCUAGCACAAUUCGAAAAAAACCUAAAAGAACUCCGCUUACUGGAAAUCGCCUUCAAAAAACAACCCACACCAGACUUAAACACUAAAAUACACCAACAUCAGGCAGCCAUAAAAGACUUCAUGUCCGCGGACGCAGUCAAGGCCCUCCAAUGGACCCGCCAGCUCUUUUACGAGAAGUCCAACAAAGCGGACACCUUACUUGCCCGUAAACUCAACCGUAGAGCUGCACAUAAAAAAAAAAUCACAAAAAUCCAUUCGAGAGAGGGAAAGCUGCAGGAAUCACCAGACCAAAUAGCAAAGGUAUUCCAAGAAUACUUCUCGGAGCUCUACGAUCAUAGCCCCCAACACAGACGUGACCCCACACAACUAACCACCAAAAUCAACGAAUACCUCGACUCUAUCACCCUACCCUCACUAACACCCGACGGAGCUAGCCGACUGUCCGAAGAAAUUACAACAGAUGAAAUAGCAAAAGCACUCAAAACACUAAAACCAAAUAAAUGCCCGGGCCCAGACGGAUUCUCGGGGCUAUAUUACAAAACCUUUGCGUCGACCCUGCUCCCGCAACUCAGCAAACUCUACAACUCUCUUCUAAAGGGGGACCCCCUGUCCCCGGACAUGCUGCAGGCGAACAUAUGCCUCCUACCGAAACCCUGCAAGAUCCCGGACAUUACAGACCAAUAUCCCUACUAAACAUAGACGUCAAACUAUUCACGAAGGUGAUGGCAGAAAGACUCAACCCCCUCCUUCCCCGACUUAUCCACCCAGACCAAGUAGGUUUUAUCCCAAACAGACAAGCCAGCGAUAACACAAGACGCACCUUCGACCUAAUCUGGUACGCCAACCGCAGACGCAUUCCAACCCUGAUAAUAUCCCUAGAUGCCGAAAAGGCAUUUGAUAGACUGCUAUGGCCCUUUCUAUUCACAACCCUACAGAAAUUCGGCUUUCCAUCACCCUUCCUGGACGCACUGAGAACCCUCUACUCCUCCCCCACGGCCACUCCUCUCCUACACUCGACAACAGCCCCCUCUUUCCAAAUUAAGAAUGGCACGCGACAGGGUUGCCCACUCUCCCCCAUCCUAUUCGCCAUCUCCCUCGAACCACUAAUCCAAGUCCUGCAAAACCACAACGAGAUCCACGGAGUUCGAAUCAGGGACGAAACCUAUAAGAUUGCGGCGUAUGCAGAUGAUGUACUUUUGACAAUCGCAGACCCGCUGAACUCCCUACCACCUCUGUCCACAGAGUUAACAAAAUACGCACACAUCUCGGGAUACAAACUCAACCUAGGAAAAACCGAGGCCCUCCCGAUCCAAGUAGAUCAAACUACCCUCCAAACCCUCCAAACAAGGCACCCGUUCACGUACCAGACCACAGCCAUUAAAUACCUAGGUAUCACUCUCCCAGCGGACCUAACGCAAACCUACAGCUUAAAUUACACACCCCUACUGGCAACAGCCACACAAGACCUAGCAAAAUGGAAAGACAUGUCGAUUUCAUGGAUCGGCCGAACGACCUCAAUAAAAAUGAACCUCCUCCCGAGGUUCCUAUACCUCUUCCAAACCCUUCCAAUCCCAAUACUAGCCUCUGAUUUUAAAAAAACUACAGACCAAAAGAGACAAGUUUAUAUGGUCCGGAAAUAGAGCACGUAUCGCCCGACGAACACUGUACAUACCAAAUAGACAGGGCGGACAGGGACUUCCCAACCUCACCAAAUACUUCCACGCUGCACAAAUAGCACAGACAAUCCAACUCCACGCCGCCCCCGGCCUUAAGAGAUGGGUCGACCUAGAACACAAUAUAUUCGGCUCAGAUUUCCCCUCCCUCUUCAUCUGGCUCCCAAAAGACGCCAGGCCACCGACUCCCGUCACCUCCCCAGCUAUCCUCACCACGAUCAACAUCUGGGAUAAAAUCACCAAAAAACAUGAUCUCAUUUCCCAUCCCUCCGCACUAAUGCCCAUCCUCCGGAACACUAAAUUCACGCCAGGUAUGUCCCCGAAGGACUUCACCUGUUAUGAAGACAAUGAUCUGACCCGCAUUCAUCAAUUCUACAAAAACCAAAGGAUCAUACCCUUUGCGGAACUUCCUCAACAGACCCCUUUCAUAACCCACGACUUCUUUCGAUACCUACAGAUUCGCAGCUACAUAGACAAACCAGCCCUACAGAAAACGAGCAAUACCCCCCUCACACCGCUAGAAAAAGCGUGUAACACACACCCACUAUGCAGGGGACAAAUAUCAAUAUUAUACUCCCUACUAAGUAGAAAAUCACGGGAAGGUUCUAUGUCCUAUACGGCCGCCUGGGAGAGAGACCUGGGCCCCAUGGAGGACCAGAGUGACUGGGUGGACAUAUGGGAAGCUACAGCAAUGGUAUCGAUUUGCGUUAACCACAAAGAGCAAGUGUACAAAACCCUCCUCAGAUGGUACGUCACUCCACUACGCCUGAAACAAAUGAAACAAUCAGACAAUGAUCUGUGCUGGAAGGGGUGUGGGAACAGAGGAACAUACACUCACAUGUGGUGGGAGUGUCCCCGGUUAACCACACUUUGGCAACAUAUAGCGCGACUAGCCACACAGGCACUACACACCACAAUCCCGCUGGACCCCUGGCUGUGGCUCCUAUCCAGACCCCUCAAAAACACCCCAAGGGCACAAAACAAACUACUGGCCAAGCUAGCACUAGCCACCAGGCGAGCGAUCGCAGAGAAAUGGGGGAGCCCAGACAUCCUGUCCAUCACAAUCAUAAAACAUAAAAUCAACGAAGCCAUGCAAAUGGAUAAACUGACAGCCUUAGUACACGACACCACCAAACAUUUCGACAAAAUAUGGGAGCCAUGGAUCUUCGAAUUCCCAACCCUACCAAACGCCCCAUCAAGCGGGACAGACCAGGUGGGAGGGAGCACCCAAGGAGCAACAACACAGAGGUAAAACCCAGCCCUCUCAUCCAACCAAUAGAGCCACCAAAUACGCACCCCCUCCACACCCCUAACGUAAGACACCUCCACCACCCAUGGCAACAACGCCAAACGACAACACCCACACCACCACACAUCAAACAACCCAACAACACAAAGCGAGACUCGAACCCGAGCAAACACACCCCAGACCAGACCAUAACGUCAAGCAGACCCAAGAGCACAUCCAUCACAGAGACGGCAAAAAGUGUAACUAAUAAAUAGGACGCAACCCCACAACGCCCCGGACACGAACAAUGCCUCAGGAACAAAACAAACCGGCCACACACCAUAGAACUGAAAGAGGCAGACCACCAGUCACAGCAGGACGUACUCGACCUAUACAAAAACACACCGUCCAACACAUCCCACCUUACAAAAGCAGCCCAUUUCAGGGCAUACACAAAUACCAUAGACAGGGUAAUAGCCCACCCAGACUUAUCACCACCCAACCCCGGAAAACUCAACCUUCAGGUAUACUCAAGCCUGGACAGGGGACACAACACAUCUAUGGGUCCACCAACAGAACUCAAACACCAGCCCCAUGACCUGACCACCCCCCCCCCACUCCUGAACACACCCCGGAUGGAGACUCACAAACACAUACCAUCUACUAUCUAGGAAAAUAAACGCACCACAAACACAAUAACACGGAACACAAACCAACCGUAACGUAAGUGAAGACACUGUAAACUGUUACACGAUGUAAUAUAGUUCACCCCCCCCCCAGGAGUUACAUCCUGGAACCCCCCUCCCACUAGACACAGAGUCAAACAAUAACAAUUAUAAACAGCUGCAGCAACCAGAACUAACGUAAAACAAGGAACACCACUACAUAAUACCAUGUUUCCCCGAAAAUAAACCCUACCCCGAAAAUAAGCCCUAGUCGGAUUUUCGGGGUGGGCUGCAAUAUAAGCCCUACCCCGAAAAUAAGACCUAGGCAUUGUACCUUUGCGGCGAGACUUCCUUCUUCUACUGUAGGAGGAGCGUUGCGGGCCGCGGCAUCGCGCAACGUGAUGACGACAUUUCGCAGCGCCGUCAGUCUGCCUUCACGGAUCUUCAGCGGAAGGAUCCAUUUCCAGGCGGUGAGGCUCCCAGUGGUCGGACUCGGCAAGGAAUCUUUGAAAUGUGAGUACCGCUAGAUAUUUUAUGUCUGGGACUGAAUUAAUUAAAGGGGGCGGGGGGUGAAUUAAUUAAAGGGGGGAUGAAUUAAUUAAAGGGGGGAUGAAUUAAUUAAAGGGUGGGCUGGAUUAAUUAGAGGGGGGUGAAUUAAUUAAAGGGGGUGAAUUAAUUAAAGGGUGGGCUGGAUUAAUUAGAGGGGGGUGAAUUAAUUAAAGGGGUGGUGAAUUAAUUAAAGGGUGGGCUGGAUUAAUUAGAGGGGGGUGAAUUAAUUAAAGGGUGGGCUGGAUUAACUAGAGGGGGUGAAUUAAUUAAAGGAGGGUGAAUUAAUUAAAGGAGGGUGAAUUAAUUAAAGGGGACUGGAUUAAUUAGAGGGGGUGAAUUAAUUAAAGUGGUGGUGAAUUAAUUAAAGGGUGGGCUGGAUUAAUUAGAGGGGGGUGAAUUAAUUAAAGGGUGGACUGGAUUAAUUAGAGGGGGUGAAUUAAUUAAAGGGGUGGUGAAUUAAUUGAAGGGUGGGCUGGAUUAGUUAGAGGGGGUGAAUUAAUUAAAGGGGUGGUGAAUUAAUUAAAGGGUGGGCUGGAUUAAUUAGAGGGGGUGAAUUAAUUAAAGGGGUGGUGAAUUAAUUAAAGGGUGGGCUAGAUUAAUUAGAGGGGGUGAAUUAAUUAAAGGGGGUGAAUUAAUUAAAGGGUGGGCUGGAUUAAUUAGAAGGGGGUGAAUUAAAGGGGUGGUGAAUUAAUUAAAGGGUGGGCUGGAUUAAUUAGAGGGGGGUGAAUUAAUUAAAGGGGGUGAAUUAAUUAAAGGGUGGGCUGGAUUAAUUAGAGGGGGUGAAUUAAUUAAAGGGGUGGUGAAUUAAUUAAAGGGUGGACUGGAUUAAUUAGAGGGGGGUGAAUUAAUUAAAGGGGUGGUGAAUUAAUUAAAGCGUGGGCUGGAUUAAUUAGAGGGGUGAAUUAAUUAAAGGGGGGUGAAUUAAUUAAAGGGUGGACUGGAUUAAUUAGAGGGGGUGGAUUUAUUAAAGGGGGGGGUGGAUUAAUUAAAGGGAGGGUUCAAUGUACAUACCGGUACCGUAAAUAAAUAAGCCCUACCCUGAAAAUAAGCCCUAGUGUGUUUUUUGUGACUAAAAUUAAUAUAAGACCCGAUCUUAUUUUCGGAGAAACACGGUAGUUCAAGCACCUUAACAGCUACAGACAAUGUCAACAAGAAAUAUGAACUCUGUGAACCCAAACUUAUACCCAAGUUCCCCUUUCUGUACCCUACCCCGAAUUAUAUGUAAAAAUUAAGGUAAAGAAUCUCUAUGAAAACAAGACCAGGAAGGCGGUACCGCUUGGUACACACGCUGUAAAACGUUAACUGCAAGCUCAACCUUGUUCUGUUUAUUGCUCAUAAUGUACAAUAUGACUGUCAUGUAAUUCCACGUCAAAGAAUGAUAUUCUGUCAUAACAAUGAUAAUAUGGACGACUGGUCCUAAGACCCUGUUACCCUCCCCCCCCCAACCCUUCUUCCUUUCUGUACCCCUAUAACCCCUUUUUAUAACUUGAAAACAAUAAAAACCUUGAAUUCAAAAAAUAUAUAUAUAUAUUUUAUGUGUUAAAUGUUUUCUCUUUAUAAUUGUUGACACAUUAACUGCUAAUUUUAUUUUGCCUAUCAAAGUGUAAGCUGAAUUGCUGUAACCUCACAGACAGUAGGUAGAGAGAUUACUUUUAUGCUAUAAUAUUGGUUUAUAGAUGCUAAGAUUCCAAAUCAACAACACAUUUAGAGAGGCGUUCACUAAACCUUGAACUUUAGAAAAGUUAAUGUGCAUUUAAAAUUGAUAUAAAAAAAUAGCCAAACAGAAAAACAUAGAUGACUUGUUGAAUUUUUCCAAUUUGGCUAUUUCGGCCUAAAAAACAGAAAUUCACUUUGAAUUCACACAUUAGUGAAUAACCCUGUUGCAAAGGAAGCCUCCAUUAACUGGUACUUGGAGAUGGCUGCAGGUCAGCCUCCUUCCUAACAACUAUGUGCCCUGGCCUAGUAGGGGGUGCUGUUUUGCAGAGACAGGUAAACGAUUGCCAUUAGGACUUCUUUUCCAUCUGGUUCCACAUUUUCUCCACCUGCUAAGAGACUCUCAGAACUGCAGAGCUCUGUUAAGAUACUGGGGAUCUGUGUUUUGAAAGAGUAUGCAUUGUAAUGUUUUUGGGGGAAUGCCUUGUGUUGUUCCCUGUCUAGCAGUGUACCUGUGCAAUGCCACCUGUUGGUUUCAACAAUUAUAUGCAAUCUAAAUGACAAGGCUUGUUAAUUUGCAUAUUCAGAUAGAUUUGAAUAUUAUGGUUUAUGCAUGCAGGGGGGGUGUAUUUCUUGUUAGUCUUUGUCUUCCAGACCCUUUGUAAAUAUUGCAUUAUUUAUUAUGAGUGUCUGUAUGAAUCUCCAUGUCACUUUGUUAUACGUAUUGGAUUGAGUGUGUCGCCAUAAGUUUAAUGUAAUGCGGAUAGGGGCUAGUUCUGAGUGUAACUAAAAUAUUGUUUGUUAGUUUAAUUUGGAACUGUGUGUCCUGCCUGGCUUGUGAGGGGAUUCCAGUAACAGAGUUUUUGGACCUGUUGGUCCCUGAUCCCGGGGAUGUUUUAAGAAACAGCUACACGUGCCUUUGAAAAGGCAGUUGUUUGGGAGACGAUACCUGUCUGGUCUAAUGAAAGAAUUUCUCAGAGACCCCAGUCUAGUUUCCCAACUGGGUCUGAAGCACUCCAGAGUCCCCUGGUAGCAGUGAGGAAGUUGCCAUGGCGGAGCUACUCAGUCAGAGUACAGGAGCUCAACUACACCUGUCAAUCAGAGAAACAAGAUAAUAUAACAAAUGGGAAAUCAAAUAUAAAGUCGCUUAUAUUGAAAUGUAUCUACAUAACACAACAGUGGGAUAUGUAUAUAAGUUUUGGCAUUGCAUUUAGAAAGGUAUUCUUAGUUUGCAUGCGCCCUUUUCUCAUGUACAAAGUGCACAUUAAAUAUCACUGGAAUUAUUUGCAGCAGACAAAUAACUGUAUGGGUGUAAAUAGAAAAUAAAAUGCACCAAAAUAGCUUUAUUACAAGAGUUCUGACACUUUUUUUUAAUUACAAAAAGGCGUGAAACAAAUCAGCUUUGUGAUUUUUUUUCUUGUUAAGAUUAUUAGCAGCCAUUUGAUGUAUGUAAUUAACAAAAUAAAAGUUACAUGAAACGAACUUUCCCUUCAUGCAAUUAUGUAGUAAUCUUAAUAUUUGUCAUAUAAAGUUAUGCCAUUUAGAAAAAUAACACACCCUUCAUUAUGACUCAGUUGUUGAUGCCACUCCUUGGAUAUUACUUUAAACUGCAACUAAUUAUAAUAAAUCAACCUAAUUAAGUCAUUGGCAUAUUGUCUUACCUAUGACUGUAUAUGGGGGAUUUAGACUGUAUAGGUGGAAAACAAUUGGUUCAUUGUGAAUUUCAACUCUUGCAGAAGGUGUGUCUGUUGUAGAAAGAGCAAGACAUACUUGUUAUGGUGAUAAGAACAGGGUACAGUUGAUGGCUGUCAGGUUUUGUGCUUAGACUGCCAAGGAUAUGCAAUGCAGCUGUGUUGUGUUUUAAUGCCGGUUUUACUAACAAGGGUGAAUCCUUUAAAAAAAAAAAAAACAACAGUCACUAUUUAUUGAAAGCAUCACAAAAACAGUAAAGAAACAACCAUAAGGAGGACUGAGACAUCAUGUGUAACAGUAACAUAGGUACAUCCCAUUCAUCAAUUCUUGUGCAUCAUAUGCAGCCAUUAAGUAAUAAGUGAUAGACUAAUCAACAAGGACAAAAAGUCGUGGGAAAGGCUGUGGCUUUUAUUUAUUUGUUCUAUAUUGCUUCAAUAAAGAACAUGCCACUAGAUACAGGGAGUGCAGAAUUAUUAGGCAAGUUGUAUUUUUGAGGAUUAAUUUUAUUAUUGAACAACAACCAUGUUCUCAAUGAACCCAAAAAACUCAUUAAUAUCAAAGCUGAAUAUUUUUGGAAGUAGUUUUUAGUUUGUUUUUAGUUUUAGCUAUGUUAGGGGGAUAUCUGUGUGUGCAGGUGACUAUUACUGUGCAUAAUUAUUAGGCAACUUAACAAAAAACAAAUAUAUACCCAUUUCAAUUAUUUAUUAUUACCAGUGAAACCAAUAUAACAUCUCAACAUUCACAAAUAUACAUUUCUGACAUUCAAAAACAAAACAAAAACAAAUCGGUGACCAAUAUAGCCACCUUUCUUUGCAAGGACACUCAAAAGCCUGCCAUCCAUGGAUUCUGUCAGUGUUUUGAUCUGUUCACCAUCAACAUUGCGUGCAGCAGCAACCACAGCCUCCAGACACUGUUCAGAGAGGUGUACUGUUUUCCCUCCUUGUAAAUCUCACAUUUGAUGAUGGACCAGAGGUUCUCAAUGGGGUUCAGAUCAGGUGAACAAGGAGGCCAUGUCAUUAGAUUUUCUUCUUUUAUACCCUUUCUUGCCAGCCACGCUGUGGAGUACUUGGACGCGUGUGAUGGAGCAUUGUCCUACAUGAAAAUCAUGUUUUUCUUGAAGGAUGCAGACUUCUUCCUGUACCACUGCUUGAAGAAGGUGUCUUCCAGGAACUGGCAGUAGGACUGGGAGUUGAGCUUGACUCCAUCCUCAACCCGAAAAGGCCCCACAAGCUCAUCUUUGAUGAUACCAGCCCAAACCAGUACUCCACCUCCACCUUGCUGGCGUCUGAGUCGGACUGGAGCUCUCUGCCCUUUACCAAUCCAGCCACGGGCCCAUCCAUCUGGCCCAUCAAGACUCACUCUCAUUUCAUCAGUCCAUAAAACCUUAGAAAAAUCAGUCUUGAGAUAUUUCUUGGCCCAGUCUUGACGUUUCAGCUUGUGUGUCUUGUUCAGUGGUGGUCGUCUUUCAGCCUUUCUUACCUUGGCCAUGUCUCUGAGUAUUGCACACCUUGUGCUUUUGGGCACUCCAGUGAUGUUGCAGCUCUGAAAUAUGGCCAAACUGGUGGCAAGUGGCAUCGUGGCAGCUGCACGCUUGACUUUUCUCAGUUCAUGGGCAGUUAUUUUGCGCCUUGGUUUUUCCACACGCUUCUUGCGACCCUGUUGACUAUUUUGAAUGAAACGCUUGAUUGUUCGAUGAUCACGCUUCAGAAGCUUUGCAAUUUUAAGAGUGCUGCAUCCCUCUGCAAGAUAUCUCACUAUUUUUGACUUUUCUGAGCCUGUCAAGUCCUUCUUUUGACCCAUUUUGCCAAAGGAAAGGAAGUUGCCUAAUAAUUAUGCACACCUGAUAUAGGGUGUUGAUGUCAUUAGACCACACCCCUUCUCAUUACAGAGAUGCACAUCACCUAAUAUGCUUAAUUGGUAGUAGGCUUUCGAGCCUAUACAGCUUGGAGUAAGACAACAUGCAUAAAGAGGAUGAUGUGGUCAAAAUACUCAUUUGCCUAAUAAUUCUGCACUCCCUGUAAAUUUCACAUAACAUAUACAAUCACAUUUCAUAAAAACAUAAACAAACCAAUCUGCCAUGUAUAGCCAGGCCAUCAGAUAAGCUAGACCUGCCAAAAUGCAUCCUCCAAUAAUCAAAGUAUGGCCUCUAACCUACAGUUACACUCAGAGGACCCAUAUCAUGUACUUGUUCCCAUUCACUAAAACCACAGGUCUAUUCCACCAUGGUCUGAAGACCAGAAAUAAAAGCAUCAAAACAGCUAAACCAGGGAUCACCCACUUGAAUCACUCACUUAAAUAACAUACAUAUUUAUUGGUUUAAGGGCAAUUGAGUUCCAUAACCAAAACAUUAACUUAACAUAACUAUUAAGUCUGUCCUAACACCAAGUAGACUGGUGACCAAAAUCCUUGAACUCUAUCCCUGUUAGCUCCUUAGGCUUUUAUGCAGGACAUGUCCUCCAGACACCACCAGAGGCAACAUGAUCACAUCCAACAUAUGUUGUUCUUACCAGGAACUCUCUCCAACAUGAGAGAUACACUAUUCAAACUACGGAGACCCUGCACCCCCUUCCGCCACCAGACUUUCCACAAUACCUGGAAGCUGGCAUUAAUCAUGUCCAACUUUAUAUCCAUCAAAUAAUACCUGUCAGUGCUCAACAAAGCUAGAUACAGAUACGCUAAUCUUAAAAUGGACUGCAAAUUCACUGCAAGCUGAUUGAGGGACAAUUUCAGACCACACAACUCAAACUGAUUUAACUCUCCCAACAUCAUUUCCCCCAGCAUGGAUGACAAGGAACCCUACUAAACAGAUAACAGCAUUCCUGAAAAUGUUCAAACUAACACAAACCUCUGAUUCACAACUACUGUACCCUAUAUACCUCAUAAGGGAUCCACAGGUUCCACCACCAAAUAAACAAACAAGUGUCCCAAAACCCCACCCAUUCGAGGGGGUCAACCUUCAAAAUAUUAAUACAAAUGAGGGUGAACAUACAACAAGUAAUGAUUUGGCUUCCAAUGACCCAAGAGAAAAGAAUGCACAGCAUAACCCCACCACCGCAAAUGGGUUAAAAUGCUUUGCAGUGUUUACAUUACAGCCUAGUGAUAACUCCACUGACCAAUCCUUAGAUGGCUGCUAAAGCUGCUUCCUUGGGCAGUACUGCAGAGUAAUCAGCACUGCCAUUCGGUGUCUCCACCCUCUGCAUGCAGACACUGAACUUUCCUCAAAGAGAUGCAAUGAUUCAAUUCAUCUCUAUGAGGAGAUGCUGAUUAGCCAGGACUGUGUUUAAAUUGUGCUGGCUCUGCCCCUGAUAUGCCUCCUUGUCAGUCUCAGCCAAUCCUAUGGAGAAGCAUUGUGAUUGGCUCAGACCACCACUUCUGAUAAUGUCAGCAAACAGAGGCAGUUCAGGGGCAGAGCCAGCAGCUUCAGACUUGAAUACAGGUAAGAUUUUAUUAUAUUUAGGGAGGCAAGGAGGGGGAUGGGGGUUCUAGAUGGUAAUUUUAACACUAUAGGGUCAGGAAUACAUGUUUGUGUUCCUGACCCUAUAGUGUUCCUUUACCUGGUUUCAUUUUAAUCCAUCUGCAAAAGCCUUAGAUUUGAAAAAGCAAAAAUCGCAAAAAUGCCAGGCAUUGGCUUUGCCAACUUAUCAGCAACUAUCUGACCCUUAGCGGCAACGCUCUGAUACAUUUACCAGCACCAGCCAAGUUGCAUUUUCCACAGGUCCACUUUGACAUAAUGUAAUCCUCAGGGAAGAGGAAAGAAACUUUAUUUCAGUUUUCUUUUUUAAAGGGACACUAUAGUCACCAAAACAACUUUAGCUUAAUGAAGCAGUUUUGGUGUAUAGAUCACGUCCCUGCAGUCUCACUGCUCAAUUGAGUUAAAUCACUUUAUUUAUGAACCCUAGCCACACCUCCCUGCAUGUGACUUGCAUAGCCUUCCUAAACACUUCCUGUAAAGAGUCAUCUAAAGUUUAUCCUACCUUUAUUGCAAGUUCUGUUUAAUUUUGAUUGUCUUAUCCCCUGCUAUGUUAAUAGCUUGCUAGACCCAGCAAGAGCCUCCUGUAUGUGAUUAAAGUUACAUUUACAGAAACAGAGAUACAAUUGUUUAAGGUAAAUUACAUUUCAUUGAAAGUGAAACCAGUUUUGUUUUUGUGCAGACACAAUCAGUGUCAGAUGAGGUGUGACAAGGGCUGCAUAAACAGAAACAAAGUGAUUUAACAUCUAAAUGGCAGAGAAUUGAGCAGUGAAACCUGAGAAGCAUGAUCUAUACACCAAAACUGCUUCAUUAAGCGAAAGUUGUUUAGCUGACUAUUGUGUUCCUUUACAUUAAACAUGUUUUGUUUUGUUUUUUUGUAUAGUUUCUUCUCAGACCCUCCUGCAGCUCCAAAGCCCCCCACUAUAGUUCCAAAGCCUUAAACCCCCCCACUACAAUUCCUAACCCACCCAAUACUGUCUUUAAUCCCCGCUUCAGCCUCUAACCACCCACUACUAUCCCUAACCUCCUCUACAGCUCCUAACACCUAACUACUGCAUCUAACCCCCACUACAGCCCCUAGCAGCGGUGUAUUUACCGUGAGGCUGACAAGGCAUUUGCCUUGGGCAGCACUUUCAGGGGAGCGGCAAAAAAACUCACCACCCACAAACACCUUGCCAGCCUCUUGUCCUGGGGGGCCCAGGAGCUGGCCUGCUGCCCACCUCAGGCCCCCCCCAGAGGCUGGCAUUACCUGAUGUGGGCGGCAAGGGAUCACUGUCCGAUGAACUCUCCAUGCUCGCUCCCUCGCGCGCACCACAAUGAUGCCGGAUCCCGAAUAUGACGUCACUCCGGCUCUGGCAUUACUGAGAGGUGCGCAAGGGAGCUAAGCAGGGAGCUCAGAACUCCCUCGCUGCCUGCCUCCACUCUGCGUCCACCCGCCGAGCUGCAGCCAGCCACAGGGAAAUGGAGAAUCCACUCCAGCAAAGAUAUGGAGGCUGGGUGGAUUGAAAUUUAAUUUAUUUUAACAUUUCAAAAAAAAUAAUUCUUAGUGUAUGUGUGUCUGUGUCAGUGAGUGUGUUACUGUGUGUGUCUGUUGGUGAGUGUGUUAGUGUAUCUGUGUCUGUUGGUGAGUGUGUUAGUGUGUGUGUGUAUGUGUAUCUGUUGGUGAAUGUGUUAGUGUGUGUGUGUCUGGUGAGUGUGUUAGUGUAUCUGUUGGUGAGUGUGUUAGUGUAUCUAUGUGUGUGUGUGUGUGUCUGGUGAGUGUGUUUUGUGUGUGUCUGUUAGUGAGAGUGUGUGUGUCUGUCAAAGAGUGCGCAUGUGUGUCUGUCAAAUAGUGUGUGACAGUGAGAGUGUGUAUGUCUGUUAGUGAGUGUGUUAGUGUGUGUCUGUUGGUGAGUGUGCUAGUGUGUCUGUUACAGAGAGUGUGUGUCUGUUAGUGAGUAUGUUUGUGUGUCUGUUAGUGAGAGUGUGUGUCUGUUAGUGAAUGUAUGUCAGUGUGUGUCUGUCAGUGUGUGUAUGCUUGUCUGUCACUGAGAGUGUGUAUUUGUUAGUCAAUGUGCAUGUGUGUUAGCGAAUGUGUGUGUCUGAUACUGAGUGCGUAUGUGUCUGUCAGUGAGUGUGUGUGUAUUUGUCAGUGUGUGUCUGUCAGUGAGUAUAUGUGUGCCACAGUGUGUGUGUUUAAUACUGAGUGAGUGUGCGUGUCAGUGUGUAUGUGUCUUGUUAGUGAGUGUGCAUGUGUAUCUGCCAGUGAAUGCAUGUGUCAGUGUGUCUGUCGGUGGAUGUGUGUGUCUGUCGGUGAAUGUGAGUGUCUGUCAGUGAGUGUGUUUGUGAAAGUGUGUGUUGGUUAAACAGCGUGUGUGACAAUGACUUUAUCUGUCAGUAAGUGUAUGUCACUGUAUGCAUCAGUGAAGGCGUGUCUGUCAGGCAAAGAGCGUGUUGGUUUUUAAAGUGAAAUUUAGAAGAGGUGGGGGGUGCCUGAGUUUUGUAAUGCCUAGGGCAGCACAAAACCAGAAUACACAACUGGCCCCUAUCCCUACCUACUUCCCCUAAACCUCACUAGAGCCCAUACCCCUAAAUAACUCCUAUUCCCAACUACAGCUCCUGAACCCUCACUACUGCCUCUCUACCCUACUACUAUCCCUAAGCCUCACUACAGUCCCUUACCCCCACUACAUCCCCUAUUUCCUGACACAAUCCCUAGACCCAACUGCUGUCUCUAACCCCCACUACAGCACCUUCCCCCUACUGCCCCUAAACCAUACUACUGUCCCUAUCAACACACUACAGCCCCUAGUCCCCCUUCUGCCCCUAAACCCCACUAGUGCCUCUAUCUCCUCACUGCAGCCGCUAUUCCCCCACUACAGUCUAUAAGCCCCCACUACAGCCCAUAUGACCCAUUCAGUGGAGCUAAACUCCAGGCGGGUUACUGCCCAAAGCACAUGCCUUACAAAGACUUAUCAAUGAUCUGCACUGGGAAGUCUGAAGGGGUGGUGAUAUAAUGUAUAGUAUUCAGCCUUUAUGUGAUUAAAAAAAAACAUUCUGAGAUCAUCCUAUUCAUACCUUAAGUGUUGUCUAGUCAGUAUUUCAUAAAACACAUUUUCUUCUACCAACAUUAGGACUUCUUGUAAAGUUGGUAAUUUAGGGGAUUUACAAGCUGAGGUCUUGCUGUAUGAAACAAACAAAAUUGUUACCAGCACAGUAUCCCAAACCCCUAUACAAAUUUAAGUAACAGAGGUGUUUAGUACCUGUGCAGUAGCCAUGAAAGUGUAAGCUCACCCACUACAUCAAGGCAAAUAUCUUAAGUGAGUCUUAUGCUAACAAUUUACAUUGCUGCUAAAGGGACAAUAUGUUAAUGAGGCAGAAAUGGAUAUUCUUCAAAACCCAUACACACUAAAUAACCCCCCUCAAAAAGAAAUAAGGGGGUUUUAACAAUAGGGAUACCUGCCAUCAAGAUAGAGUGGACUGUAACUCCCAUGAAUCUUGGCCAGUUGAGCUAAUCCUUACUCUAAACUGAGCUCCCUAGUUGAUUAUUAAAAGAGGAAUUACUCUCUAUUGCAGGUCGACUGCUGUGCGUAAAAAGUUAUUAAUGGAACACUAUAGGGUCAGGAACACAAACAUGCAAGCUCCUGAGGAAGUCGACAUCGACGAAACGCGUUGAGCAUCUCCAAGAUCCCUGCAGUUUUUGGUAUAGCAGUCUUUUUUCUACAAGCAUUUCAUCUCAUAGUAUUUGUGCACUUUAUGCUGUUUUUGAAUUAUUGACAUUUGCACUUUUGUACUUCAGCACUUGGCACUUUACUAUUUUUUCUUGUAUGAUUAUAGCUGCUAUCCUUAGGGGUUCUUGGUCAAUUUGGUUGUACAUUUAUUUACAUUUAUUUUUAUUUUUUAUUGUUAUCUUAUCCAUAUUGUGCACGUUGCACUUUUGGGUAUUACUGUUCCAAUAAAGUGGAUUUUAUAUCUCCACGGAGUACUCUUCAUUUAUGGGAUUAUUCUAUACCAUAUUAUUACAUGUUUUAGUGUUUGUGGCACCCUGUAGUCUGUACUAGUGUUCAGACAUUGUGUUUGUUUACACAAACAUGUAUUCCUGACCCUAUAGUGUUUAAACCACCAUCUUGCCCCCUAACCCCUUUGCCUCCCUAAAUAUAGCAAAACCUUACUUGUAUUCAAGUCUGCAACUGCUGCCUCUGCCCCUGACCUGCCUGUUGUCUGCUGACAUCAUCAGAAGUCGUAGUCUGAGCCAAUCACAAUGCUUCCCCGUAGGAUUGGCUGAGACUGUCAAGGAGGCAGAUCAGGGGCAGACCCAGCACAAGUCAAACACAGCCCUGGCCAAUAAGCAUCCAGUCUUUUAAGAAGUCACUAAAAACACUUUUCUCAUUACAUUUGCCCUCGACAUUUCCCUCUCUUCCAUAGUCCAGCUCACUCUCUCUCUUUCCACUCUUUGAUUCUUCCACACACCACUUUUACUAACUGAUUUUGACACAGGGAUCUUAUUCAUCAAUCCCUCCUCCCCUCUGACAUACUGUUAUGUAUCGUGUCUGUCUUUACCUAUUCCUUAUAGAUUCUAACUUGUUUGACAGGGCCUCUUUAGCUCUUGUCUCUGGUUAUAUUGUGUAUGUCAAUAAUUUGUUAUUGACAUCCCCAUUAUAUAAUUGUAAAGAGUUGAUUUUGAAAUGCUGAUGAUAAUACAGCCUAUAUGACAAAACAAUGGAACAUACAUUACUUAAUAGCGGUACUGGUAAAAUGACCUGAAAUGAGAAACAUUUUUUUUCUUUACCGACAUGUAUUUAUUAACUAGGAUGCCAUCCAAACACGGAGUACCUAUUCUCAUUGUUUCACAAUUCAUGUUUGCUAAAGGAUAACGUGCCUGCAGUGUCUCUUUAGUAAAUAUAAAAUAAAUAAAUAAAUGCACGCUUUGGAUGUACUCACAAAUUGUCCACAUGUCACUAAACAGCCUGUCGGAAAACAAUCUGUCACCUAUGUGAGAAAGGAUUUUUAGCAGUUCCUUCAAAGCUUACAUAACCUUCUGCCAAGCUUCGCAGGCGUGUGCUGUGUGUGAAAUAUGAAACGCCCAUUGAGCAGCAUAUGGAAAGUCAGGCCAGUGACAGAAGAAUAGCUCCAUAGAAACUUACAGUCGUACGAGAAGACCUGUGCCUGAUCACUAGAUUGACAAGUGGUACUCUCUGCUUCGCUACACUCUCAUUUGGCCGAGCUCGUGCUGCAGGUUUUUCAGGUACUUAUGUUUGUUAGUUUGUAACACAACAAUACGAGAUAACCAAGUAGGCGUCUUCUCACACCACAGCAACACGUCUAGCAGUGUUUUUAGCAGACUGCAUUUUUUAUUAAAACAAGACGUGCUGGCUGCGGGUGUGGGCUCUUUUUCAAGCGACCAAAACGUCUAUUGAUGUAAGUACAUAUUGUCUGCUUUGCUGUGCUUGAUUAAAUAGUGGGGCCCAGAAAAGGUUGAUUCUAAUGGAAACAUUUGAGAAUUUUGAUGCUUGAAGUUGAACAACCUCCGUUCUUCAUUUUAGAUUAAAAACAAACAAACAAAAAAAAAGGAUUAUAUACUAAACUGGAAAAAAAGUUCUGCUGCUUUCCUAUGCUGACAGAAUUACUUACUAAACUGUGAAUUGUUAUGAAUUUACUAGUGAAUAGAGCAUUUUAAAUCAAAACAGCUAUGUUAAUGAACUACCAGGAUAAUUGUCCAAAUUUGUUCGUCUGGUCUGAAAUCUGCAAUUCUGAGAAGAAUUUCUAAUCAUUCAUAAUUUAUCGAAGGACCAUGUGAGGCUUAUGUAUAAAGCAAAAUUGAAGCUAAUUGAUAUCCAGUUUAGAAAACGUAGGCAUCCAUUUCUCCAUCUAUGCUAGUCACAGCUGGGUUACUUUAGCUUUGAUUUUGCCAUUUAAUUUCAGUUUGGAGUCUAGUGCAGGGAUAGGCAACCUUUGGCACAGCAGAUGAUGUGGACUACAUCUACCAUAAUGCUCCUACUGCCAUAAUGCUGAAAAAGCAUCAGGGGAGAUGUGGUCCAGAACCUCUGGAGUGCCGAAGGUUGCCUACCCUCGGUCUAGUGAAUAACCCUACAAACUGUAGUGAACUGAAAACUGGGAAAUUUUGACAGAAAAAAAUAAUUUGAAAAUAUUGUGUAGCCCAGUCAUACUUACAGCACGGCUAUUUUAGUCACAAUUUACAAAGUGGUUUCCAAUUCACCAACACUCUGUUCAUUAGAUUUUAAAAAGGGUGCAGUGAAUCAGAACAGGUGAACGGCCCACAAAAAAUAUAUUUUUUUGUCUGAUAUAUUAUUUUAUCUAUCUGCUUUAGUGAUUUGAAGUUGUCAUGGAGUACGGAGACUGUAUGUGCAGCGUUUCGCUUUUAGAAGACGCUAUGCAACAUCAUUGGGGUGUCAUUAGCUAGCGGGCUGUAGCAGUUAUGUUUGGAGUAACUCUUUAUUCAUUUGAUUGAAACUUGUGCAUCAACUUGAAUAUCCUAAAAUUCUCAGGUAGAUAGGUAGAUGAAAUGUUAAUUACAACUGUCUCCAAUGAUCACUAUUUGUGCAGGAUAUGAAGGUGACGUAUAUUUUACCUCUACAUACUUGUGUAUAUAUGUAUUGGUAGAUUAAAAUGUGAGCUUUAUGGAGUUAUGUUAUAAGUCAGUAUUGUUUGCUGCCAUCUGGAGUGUUGUUAAUUUAAUGAGUAGUUUAUGUUCACACAGUGCUACUUUGUGACAAACAUACAAGGCUGGCUGUGCAUAAUGUGAUGGUCAACUGCCGUGCCCGGACUGUCUAUCACUGAACCAUACAGAGCAGAUUCUGGAGUACUAGCUGUCGGACGACUAUACCUCCUAAUCCUUUUCAUGCACCCACACAGAAAGGGUGCGGUGUCUAGGGUAAAGCAGUGCUUCAGGCUAGGACUGGACUAUUCUUUAUUGAUGCAUUGUAUAGACCAGGGGUUCCCAAUUAAUUUUUCCUGUGGAUCCCUUUGACAGCGUAUCAACAUCAUGAACCCCCUCACCCCGCCCCACGGAAAAAAAAAUAAAUUACAAUUUCACAGUUUUUUUUUGUGUGUCAUGGUAUAUGACCUGUGCUUGUAUGUGCCAGUUGUAUAUCUGAACUACAGAUACACACACACUGGCACCUAGUGGCACACAGAUACACACACCGUGUGUGUAUCUGUGUGUCAAAGUGUGUAUAUCUGCGUUUGUAUGUGUCUGUGUAUCAAGGUAUGUGUAUCUUUGUUUGUAUGUGCCAGUGUGUAUGAAUCUGACACACAGAUACACCUACUGGUAGAUAGUGGCACACAGAUACACACAUUGACACUGAUACACACACCUUGACACACAGUGUGUAUCUGUGUGGGUGUGUGUAUGUAUGUAUCUGUGUGUCAAGGUGUGUGUAUCUAUGUUUCAAAGUGCGUGUGCCUUUCAGUCUCAGUAUAGCUCAGCUUUUCAUUGAUCUUACAGGUAUACAGUAUAUGUUUAUACAAUACAAAUCUUUUGCCUUUGUAAUUCUCUGAAUUAAAAAAAAAAAAUCUAUUAAAAGCACAAUUCAGUCAUACUCUAGGCACCAACAUUACUUGAUUGGGCCUCAUAUUCAUAUUGUGUUAUUCUUCACAUUCAAAUCUCAUUAAUCUUUUUAAAAAAUAAAUAAUGAUAAAUAAAGACUUUGCAGCUUUGUGCAGUGUAACAAGUAUGUUUAGCCACACCCCCUCCUUUCACAAAACAACUUCCUUUACCCCUUAAGGACACAUGACAUGUGUGACAUGUCAUGAUUCCCUUUUAUUCCAGAAGUUUGGUCCUUAAGGGGUUAACCCCUGAAGGCCACAUGAUGGAAAUAUUCCAUCAUGAUUCCCUUUUAUUUCUGAAGUUGUGUCCUUAAGGGGUUAAAUUGGUAUCAUAUAUAUGUACAAAUAUAACUAGGCUAUUUAGAUUCAGAGCCACAGAUAUUCAAUAACAUUUUUUUUUUACAUUUUUAAAUGAAUACUUUUUAACACACUUUUAAUCCCAUGCCACACAGCCCUUACUAUGGUCGUUGCUGCACCCCUGGCUCAGUAAAGAUGAUAUCAGCCAAUCCAAUGCACCUCCAUUGAGAAGCAUUUGGGCCUACUGUGCAUGCACCAUUCAGGAUCUCCUCAUAGAGAUUAGGACAUUAUUCCAAUGCAUCUCUAGGUCGAGCGUUCUGUGUCCGAAUACAUACUGUGAAAACCAGAACAUUAAGCUGCUGUGGUUCUGCUCAUUGGAGUGUCCCUUUAACCCCUUAAGGACACAUGACAUGUGUGACAUGUCAUGAUUCCCUUUAAUUCCAGAAGUUUGGUCCUUAAGGGGUUAAGUUAUAUCAGUGCCCAGAGUGUUCCUUCAACACAAGUGAUAAUGUCUGCUAGCACACUGUAAUAGUUCUAUUAAAAAAACAACAGAUUGCUUUCAUGUGACAGUACUCUUUUUAUCGCAGUGUCAUAAUGUGAUAAUUUUAGUUUCACAUGCUUACAACCACAGGACAGAUUUAUUAUAGUGUUUCACAUUAAGUCUUACUGCGUGCAAACUAAAUACAGAAGCUGCAAAUAGGUAUAUGUCCUGGCUUUGCACUGCAAUUAUUAUCAGACAGACAUAGGUUUUGGAUAGUGUUGGGGUUACUUUUCUGUUUUUGAUUUUAUAUAUAUAUAUAUAUAUAUAUAUAUAUAUAUAUAUAUAUAUAUAUAUAUUGUCCUGAAUAAAGUUAGUGUAACCUAUCUGAAACGUUGACUACAUUAAACAAUUUACUGUAUUUGAUUACUAAGUCCUUGGAGUCCCGUUUGUUUACAGAAUGGAUAAUCUUCUAACUUUGCACCAGGCACUAUUAAGUUGAAGUCCUUGAGUGCAAGAUUUUUGAGUGAUUAUAUAUACACACUACAUUUAUCUUAUGGCAUUUUUUGAUUGAGUUGGCAUUUCAAUUAAAUGCCAAUGCAGUCAAUAUGAGAUUUUGUUUAAAGAAAAUAAGAAAACGUGUUAUGGAAAGUGGUGCAAAGAGGAGUCACCAAUGGAAUUUGCCUUCAAGUUACACUGGUUUCCAUGGUGAUUGUCCCACCUUUUAGUACUUGCAACAAUACUUUACAAAAAUUUGGAAAUGGGUUUUGGCAUGUACAUUUAACUGUUGACUCUUCCUUUUUUAAAUUUUUUGCCCAACUUUUCAGAAUGCUGCACUUUGCUAAAUCUCUCCCUCCACCCCCCUUUGAUCAAAUUCCCCCUUUAUCUUUCUAAAAUACUUCAAAGUGAUAAAGCCAUUUUAACAUUCCCUACAAUCUCUGUUUUCCCUCUCUGGGCUUUUGUGCAGUACGUUUUCAGCACUGCUCCCGGUUAAUAUAGAAGUGUGCAAACUAAGUCAAGUUCUGACUUCUGAGUGCAGGUUUCUUCAGGAAUUAAUGGGAUGACGUUUUUUGCUUGGAAUUAUGUCAAUGCUUAAGUACUGGUUAAUUACUCUCAGCAUAUAAACUUGUUUUAAUGUGAAACGAAAACAAAUCAGAACCUUAUUCUUGCAUUUGGUAAUAUCAUUUGAUACCUCUUCCUAGGAUGAUGUCAUAGAUAAAUAUUUACCACCUUAGAUUCACUUGACAAAAACAUAAUAAGCAGCUGGCUUAUUGAACAGGAAACGCUGAUUGUCCUCACGAACAAAACUUAUGCAUUGAAGUAACAAAAACUACUUUCUUGAAAAUUUAAACCUAGCACAAUGCUCUACCACAAAAAAGCAAAGGGACACGCCAGUAAACCACCCAAUGCAUUUUGUUCAGCAAGUGAAUACCUGUUGGGGUUGAAGAACAAUAGGCUUUACAUUUUUUUUUUCUCAAGCACUGGGCUUGGUUGAAAUUUUUAAUAAAAAGGCCUAUUUUUCACUUCAACCAAUGUUCAUUGUGAUGACUUUGACCUUACAUUUAGGCAGAUUCCUUUUGGUUCAUACAAGGGAAUAAAUCAGUCUGAGAGUUUGCUGUGCUCCUGGGUACUGUUCAUUAGUCCAUUCAGUGUGAUUACCAGGGAUGUGGAGUUGGUACACAAAACCAUUGACUCUGAAUCUAACGCUGACCUAACUUUCUCAGGAGUCUUUACAAUAAGGCAGUCUGGUGGUAGCUUCUCCCUCUCCCUCCCGCCAGGCUGCCACAGGCAUCCCACCAUUGUGGCUCCAUGACAAAGCAGGCAGAUUUCAACUACCAUCAAAAAAAAAAAAAAAUCAUGGUAGUGACAGCUCAUAGUAUAUACCACGAGCAUAAGACAUCCAACAAUAGUGUUGCAGAGCAUGACGUCUGAUGCCAGUCAGUCUAUGUUGCUGGGCUGAAGGCAGACUCUGCAAUUGGUGUGUAUUGCUGGACUACUUCACUAUAAGGUAUCCCAGCAAUAUUGAUAAUUACUCCUCAGGUUCCCCGUGGGAGCCAAUCACAGUAACAACAUGUCAGCUAAAGUAUGUCAUCAGAAGGCCACUCACCCUCUAAGCCAAUCAACUCAGAGAGUGUUAUUAGGGUUAGUAUUAGGUAGGGUUAAUGUUAUCAAGAUUUGGGAUUAGUUAGGGUUAGCGUUUGCUAGGACCAGGGUAUUUAGGUUUAGGAUGAGAUAAAGCUAUGGAGAGAUGGGGUUAGAAGUAGCAUCAAAAUGUGACAUAAUUACAUGCCAGGCUAUGCAUACAUAUAGGAUAUUACAAGAAAGCUCUAUUUCCUUGUCCUUUAAAAAAGCAAUAUAUAAUAUGACGGAGCACUUUAGACAUAGCAUUAAAUUCCAGUGGAACAAACAGUGAGGGCUGAGGAUGAUGCAUCUAAUACCAUGCUUGUUUUAUUAAGUCAUUUCCUCAUGAUUGCCGUGUCUGUUCUAGCAAUUAGUUAUAUUCUUGCUUUAACUGCCUAUAUCUCAACAGGAAGUCUUACUAUCUUCUCUCUCCUAUUGGACAAUGAAGGGAGCCUUGACUUGUAUAAUGACUUUUAUGUAAAAACCCUGUACAUGGAUCUCAGCCUUUGACUGUCAGAAUUCAAAAUCUUAUUAGUUGCUUUUCUCCUGCGUGAUUUGUUCAAUCGCUGUUCAUCUACCGGUACUUUGUGUCCAUUUUUCUCCUUCCCAAAUUAUUUCAUACAAAAUUUUCCCUCUUUAAACUUGCUUUUAAUAUCUUCUCCAAAUGAGUAUUUAGAGGUCUUUAUUUUUCUUUAGAAACAUACAGUAUUUGAGAAAAUAUCAGUUGUACAGAGUUGAAUGAAAUAUGCAGAUUUAGAUUUACAUUUAAAAUUAACUUUGAAUUCACUUUGAAUUAUUACUUUAGUUGAUAACGCUGUUAAUAAUAGCAAGAGUAGAACUAACAUCACAUCAAAGCAUAAAAUGUGCCCUUGUUCUCUCUUUUUUCUGUGUUAUGGUGAAUGCUGAGUAAGUUGUUCAGUAAUUUAGAUUAUUCUGUCAUGGGAUUUUGGAAGAGCAGUCAGGUUGGAGAGAUUUUGCUAUAUAAUACAAAAAGAGAUUCCACACUAAAAUAACUCCAAAGAGAUAUAUACAUAAAUGCUUUUAUUAAACCGCAAUAGGCAUAACAAACAAAGCACAAAGUAAAGUGACAAUAAAUAAGGCAAUCAAAUAUACAAUGAUAUUUACAACAAAUGCCACAAGCCUAAUCUGGCAGAAACACGAGCCCCUAAUACCCCCAAUGCUUCGGCACCUCCUGGCUGCCUUUCUCAAGUGUGUUUGCAUUAAGCUUACCAGUAUCUCCUUAUAUUUCCCAUAUACAGCUGAUGGCCAUUGCUGCACGAACUAAUCCGACACCGGAUCAUCAUCACUUCCGGUUUUCGGUUAGAAACAAAACAUUCCCCAAACAUAUAAUCCCCCAUAGGUAAUAUCCACUGGACACUAAACCAUAUAAAUCAAGAAUAUAAAAGGUCUCCAUAAUGUUUGUCAUGCAUGGUGUUGUUGUUAUGGAGAGAUUUUGCUACCACUUCACAUGGAAGUAAAUUCUGAAGUUAUUCAGAUUUUUCUUUGGCUAGUUAGAUCAAAACAUUGAGUUCGUCUCAGUUUUGAAACAUAGACUGUAUCUCUACAGAUCUACUAUAAGAGCUAUUACAAAGUGCAAAAAGACGUCACUGUGAUUUAGGAUGUAUCUAUCACUAUCCUAUAAUUGCUUCAAAACAGUGUCUUUAUUCCAGAUAUAUACGUGAAACCCUUCCACCUUGGUAGUCCAUCCACAUACUGACUGGGACAACCAGAUUUCAGCAGUAAAUAAAAUUACAAUCUAUCAGAUCUUGUUUCUAUAGAUGAUCAUUUUUGGCUUCCAGGGAUUUGAAUUUCCAGAACCCAGCAGCCUACAUGUCUCCCUACAUGAUAUUACUAUGAAAGCACAUGAAGUGUAGAUGAGUAAAAUGCAUAUAUAAUGCUCCUACAACCACUAAUCUAGAUCAACAGUAGUAGUAAAUGCCUUUCCAUAUUAUUGCAGCUGGAAUAAAUAGUAAAAACCUGCCUUUCUACUAACUAGGCGAGUUACAUCAAUUUAUAGGUUGGUGUCAACUAACAUAUAAUUAUGAAAACACAUAAUUAAGAAAGAAUGAAGUUUGAGACUAGUUCCAUUGUUAAACAAAAUAAAAAGAUGUAUCUGUGAAUCUUGAAUGAUGUCAUUACUCUGUAUAGCACAUUCUAGGUAACUCCAUUGGCUUGGACACGUGGAAAAUAUUUUAUGUAACCAAAGCAGUAUGAUCCAAGUUACUGCACUACUAGAUCCAAUUUACAGACUGUCUACACAGGGGAGGGAGCUGCUUAAUCUAAAAACAAUGUAUUUCUGUAAUAGCCUUCUAUAACGAAGUCUGUGAAAGUAAUAUUUUUUGCCACAUUUUCCAGCAAUUCAUUAGACUUUUUUUUACUAAGCACUUUGUUAGAUUUUUCCUGGAGUAAAAUGCAUCAUGCAUUAAAUUCAUAAAUCUAUGUUGAGCCUAUGGUGUCACCUGGACGUAAGAUAGAUUGGCAAGUGGGAGUGGUGCACAGCCGGUUUUCUAAUGUAGGUACAGCCUUUAUUAUGGGGGUCACCUACAGACUUGUCUAUCUGGACUACAAUUCUUACUGUGCGUUUACUUUACAGAUCACUUAUUACUGUGUUUAGUGUUAAUUGAUUUUAAAAUCUUGUUACUUUCAUGUUUAAAAUUAGUUUGCAUAUAUCCCUACAAAGCAACUACUGCACCCAAAGCUGUUAGUUAUAUAUUAUUUCUUUAUCAAUCAUGUGGAUUACUGCAACUGAAUUCAGCAACGUCUAUCAUGCUCUCAUUACCUCUUUAGCACCAAUUUUCUCACACCUCACUUACAAAUCUCGCAGCAGCUGAACCUGAAACUACAUAUCAUAGCUCAUUUACAUGUAUAUUAAUUCUCCAUCCCUCUACUCUACCAUUAAUUUCGAACCUUGUGUCUGUUAGAAAUAACUUAACACACUAACUUGAGUAAUAUAACAGAAAGACAGGAUUGGGAGUAUUACCGGUCCUUAGAAAGGCUGGGUUUAACCAGGCAUGUAGCAUGGUCAUGAGGUGCCUGGAGGCAAGUCCUUCAAAUUUGUCAUCCCCCCCCCCAAACCAUACUUACUAUAACAUACCGUGAGAGCAUAUUGCGUAGUUACCUCAAUAAGUGCAUGCCAUGUUGGAUAUACUAUAGGGCUGUAGUUUGACACCAGAGCAAGGAGACAGGCAGUGCUAUUCGCUAACUUAAGAUUUUUUUCCGUAUGAAAAUAUGAAUUGCAAAAUUUAGGUUAUGAUAGUCAGGCUAUUCCCAAAUCAGCUAUUUUGGCCUAAAUUAUUUGGAUUUUCAUUUCCUUUAAUUCAAGGUGAGGGCAGUCCUCUUGGUUCCCUUGCCUAAGUCAGUUGCUUUGAAAAAAAAAAAAAACUAUUACAUUUUGUAAGCUUUAAAGUUUGUGUUUAGUUAGUGAGUGUGCAAAAACACAGUUAUUGACACACACCUGGUGAUCUAUACACACACACAAGUUCUCCCAUACCAGAGCUAAUGAAGCCAGCCCCUAACCUGCACUAGUCACCACUAGGUUUCUAGCCUGCACAGAGGGUUUGCUGCCAAGAUAUGAUGUCAUGAUGUAUCCCGGCGGCCUUCAGCUGUGUACAUUGCGGGGAGCGGCUGGCUUCUGCCACUCCUUACACAUCCUUAUGAUCCCUGUGUUCCAGUAGGCCAGUCUGUCUAUACCUGCAUCAGACCGCCCAGUGCGGCAGUGCCUAGUGGCACCUGUCCCCCUCUCCCGCAUCCCCCUUGCUAUGUCUCUAGGCUUAGCACAGAUAGCCAACAUAGGAAUGUAAAAUACAUGCAAGCAUGUAACUAAAAGUCAGGACUCCAGAAAGAGACAAAAUGGUUAACAGGACCUAGGUCAGGAACCAAGGUUUUCAGGUACACCUAGGGUGGUCAUGCAUCCUCUGCCUGGCGAUAGUGAUAGUAGUAAGUUUUUUGUUUUUUUUAAUCUUAUUUUAUUGAAGAAUAAGCAGGAAGAAAUCAGAAAGCGAGGCUCGCAGGCCUCGUGACAGUAAGUUAAGAAGUAUAUAACCAAAAAAUAGAAAUAUGUAUCUAGAGAAUUGCAAGCUAUAAAGUACACCUGGUUUAUGUAAUCAUAAGGUUAUCAUAAUUAACCUAAGGUUAAUUCCUAUGUCAAUAUAAAGAGACUAACUACUUAAGUUCACUUUUCUCCCUCUUUUUUUUAUGUCUAUCUAGCAAGAUUACCAGGGAGAGAGGCUUUGCAAAACUUUCAUGCUAGCUCUUCCUCACCAUUACCUGCUACCUGUGACUAUCUGAGCAAAAUACUUACUUGUAAACAGCAUAGAUUUACUGGACACUGUAAUAUAUUAGGUCUUAUAAGAGUCACCUAACUUACUGACAUGAUUUAAUAUAAUUUAAGAAGCCAUUAGUAUUCAGGAGGAGCACUUCGAUCCUACGUUAAUAACUCCUGUCUGUCUUGACAAUCGACUGGAAGCUGUACUAUAGGAAUACUCAGACAAUAUACUCAGAUACUAACUCUAAUAUUCCUAGUUCCUAUAUUUCAGUGGAGCCAUUCUAAUAAAGUUCUUUUUAUUUAAUCAGGAAUAAGAUUGAGACCGUUAUCUGAGUCUCUUUAUAUAGACAUAGGAAUUAACCUUAUAAGGUUAUGAUUACACAGACCGGGUGUACUUUAUAGCUUGCAAUUCUCUAGAUACAUAUUUUUAUUUAUUGGACAGGGGAUGCAUGGCCAACCUAGGUGUACCUGCAUACCUUCUUUAUUUUUGUAACUUGUGAACUACGAGGGUCAAGCCCUGAGAGAGAUCCUUGGAAUCUCUCAUCGAUGCUAUGCUAGUCUGGACCACUAUGACAUAACCUACUUAUCUGAUCAUUUUCCCAGGAAUAAGGGAGUCUGAAUAGUAAAAAUCAAGGCCAAGGGUCAAUACCAAGAAUAAACACUAAGUAAUCAAACACAUUGUUGGACAUAAAAAACCACUACGGGGUAUAGCAUCAAUGGAGAGGGCAGUUUAAAUAGGUAUAGAAAGCUCCCCAUUGUCCGGUGUCAGUAUCCACAUUCAACUACAGUUCUUCAGGACUUAGGCUUUUGUCAUUGUUUUAGUGUUUCUAUUUAAUCACAUACAACUUUCUCCUAGUAUCCAUUCCUUGAUAAAUGAGUUAAAUUCAGCUGAUAACACAGAGCAUUUAAUAUGUCCAUUGACUAUGUUUUUCUUUUGUGAGUGAUCACUACACCCUGUAGCAGCUCUGUAAAUACCACUUAUGUAAACAUAAAAAAUAAUUCAAUGAUUAGUCUUAACUUUUAAAAACCCUUAAAGGGAAAAAUAUUAUACGGAAAUAUAAUCUAAAGUCAUAAUCUUAAUAAACAUAUUGUGAAAAUUUACCAUACUAUUUAAUACAAUAGAUAAAAAAAAAAAAUAUAUACUCAGUGCAUUAAAGUAUAAUAGACCAUCAGUAUAGGUGAAUAUCUCUUUUUAAUUGAGAUUUAUCAACAUUUUUGAAUCAGAAAAAUUAAAAAGUUGAAUUCAAAAUGGGACUCACAGGAACGGCAUUGCAAUCAUACUGUAGGCAAAAAACCCAGGUGUCAUAAAAGUAUAAAGUAGUAAACAGGUAAGUAUUAUGCCUAAUAAAAUAUUAUACAGAAAUAAAUAAAACAAGCAUUCAAUAAUCACAAGGUUCAACUAUGUGUGUUUGAACUUAGAGUCCUACAGUCAGGUCUGUAAGGUGGGGGAACACCUCAACUCGAUUUUAAAAUAAUAAAAGUAAAAAAAAAAAUUAGGGGGAAGGUGAGAGGGGGUAAUGUGUGUGUGUGUGUGUGUGUGUGUAAGUUAUUCUAGGGGAAGUGGCAACAACCUCUCAUUGUCGUCAUCAGUGCAAGAUGCAACUAUCCACUGCAACAGGAUGUCAGCAUGUUUGAGUUCUACCCUGAGAGGCAAACCACAGCUCCUCCAUUCUAGAGAACCAUAGUGACAAGGCUGGUGAAGUUUGCCGCCAAAAACAUGGGAUUAUUUGUUUUGCCGUUUUUAAAAUAUGGAACAGCAUUGAUUUCUGGUACCUAGAUGACUGGGUCGUUGUGUGCUGUAAGAGGAAAGAAGCUGGGCGGAACAGUGGUAACCUGUCAGUGAACUUCAUGGUGAUAGAGGCUAUUUUCCUCCAAAAGGGCACGAUGAGUUGGGACUCCCACCCAUGUUUCCCCUGUUGUCUGUUCCCAUUUGGAUUAGAAAGGUGGGUGUGGUAGUGGAUCUGUGUCCAUGCACAAGAUUUCAAAGGAUGUUGGAUCCAUAAAUACGUCUGGGCGAUGGGGGAGUUUCAUGAUAUACUUGUACAGUUGAGAGUAGUGAAAUCUGGUUAUAAAUGUGAGCAGGACCUGUGUCUGUAUAUUUCCAUGGGUUGUUAUUUCCUAGUCUGACACCACAUGGUUUAUCUGUGGAAGUGCCUGAUAUAGGAGACAUUUUGUGCCUAAGGCUCUGUGCCUGUUGCAAAGUCUGAGUUGUAAACUAGGGAGUGGAAGGGGAUGAGAAGAGGCCCUAUUUGGGCGUACGAAGUAAAGAAAAAAAAGUAACAUACAUCAACUUUAUUUACCUGUAAUAGAUGAUGUUUGUUACUUUUUUCUUUACUUUGUAGGGAAAGUAAAGAAUUGACUUUGGUGUUAAAGGUUUGUAUCUUUUCUUAUGGAUUACUAUUUUUCUGCUCAGUCUAAAAUGUGCGAAGCAAGGUUUCAUGUGUUUCCAAACAUACCUAUAUGGAUACUGAUGGAUAAAUGUUUGUCUAAUUUAUAUUUACCACAGACAAUGAGUUCACUACAAAAGGAGAUGCAGGAAAAUGAAAACCCUACGCAGGAACAGCAGGACAUCCUCGAGUACAAUUUUAAUAAUGUGUCCAAGCAGCCAGAUGAAACCACCCUGAUGCUAAUUGCUGCUGAAGCAGGUCUUACAGAAGAAGAGGCAAAAGUGAGUGCUUUAAUCUUUACACCAGAUUUCUCCAAACUCUGACCCUACAGAUGUUGCUGUACUUAAACUCCCAUGAUUCUUUUAAUGGAAUAGAAUUGUAGUUCAGCAACAUCUAGUGGGCCCGAGUUUGGAGAACCCUGCUUAAACAAUGUAUGGAUUACGUGAAUGAUGUAUAGGAACAUUCCGAAGUAAAGCUUAUACAUAAAAUAGUCUUUUUUCACAGAGAUGGUGCAAGGAGUUUUUGUCUACACAGAUGAAGAUGCAUUUUGCCAUCCCCAACAUUUGACUAUAUCUAUGUGUCUAAUAUAACCACCCUUUUGCCUGUAUUUUCCAUUAUUUUGCACAUCUUACCGCCUUUUUGUUUCUCUUUCCUUUUUUUGCAUAUUGUAUCCCGUUUCUCAUUCUUUUCUUGCUUUUGAGCAUUUAUCCCACCUUUAAUGGCAUCUUAACCCUUUAUGUCUUUUAUCUCCCUUCUGAAUGUCUGUCCCUAGUUUAAUGUAUCUUAUCUCCUUUGCCCCCUUCUGCCUCUUACCCAUUUUUAUGUCUCUCUACCCCUUCUGAUUUUCUUACUCCUCUUUGUAGUGUUAUAUAAAUUCAAAUAGCUCCUGCACUCUAACUAAAAAAGUUAGAUACCUGGUGCUCUGGUCGCUAAGGACAAGAAAGCUCCAUAGAGUAGCUGAAACGUUGACUGUUCAUGGAAUAAAGAGAAGACUUAUUUAAGAAAACCUUGGAGUGCCGGUAUAUGAGAGAGAGAGAGAGAGAGAGAGAGAGACGACCCUUAAAGUGUUGAAACGUCGAUUAUUUUGUACACAGAAAUUAUGAAUGAUUGAUUUUUUUUUCCAAUAAAUACACCACUCACUUUUAACCUAAUACCUAAUUUUUUCCCCUUUAUGCUACAUAUUUCAAUGUGGGAUAUUUGCAUCCAAGCUAACAGUACUUUAUAUCUAUAUGUUGGUGGAGUGCCAGCAGACUUCUAUUGUGUAUAUAAUUAUAAAAAAAUUUUUAUUUUAUUUAUUUAUUUAUUUUUUAAAUAUAGCAAUGGAAACCCUCACACACUAUUGUUCACUGACCCAUACUCACUCUCAAUAACAAAAUUUUCCUAAUAUUUACAUAGAUGCACUCACUGGCUUAUACAUAGGCAUAUACAAACACACUGGGUCAUGGAUACAUACACACACACUGUGUGUUUGUGUGUUAGCACAUAUGUCUGAGUCAGUGUGUGCGUAUGAGUUAGUCUGUGUUUGUGCAUUUGUUUGUAUGAGCCUGUGAGUGAGUGUUUAUAUGUGAGGCAGUAACUGUGUGUUUUUGUGUCCGUAAGUAUGUGUGAGCCAGUCCCUGGCUAACAUACACACACUCACUCACUCACAGGCUGACUCAUUGUAGCGUUACUCACCUUAUCCAGGGGCCGGCCGCGGUCCUCUCUUUGAGCCGCGCACGGUCCUGCUGCUGCACGAGCCGCGCGCGGCUCAUCCGACAGCUUCACUAGAAAGGCGGGCUGUGACCGCAAGAAGCGGUCACGUGUCCCGCCUGAAUCUAAGAGCGCGCCGCGAGUCUCGGGCGCGCUCUUAAAGAGAAAGUGGGAGCCUAAAUUGUUAAAAGGCUCCCAUUGGCCCCAGUCAUGCCACACUCCCCAUACACUUACCUUUUGGGGGUGUGGAUAUGACAGGAGCCAAUCACAUUAGUUUAGAAGCUAUUUAAACUUACCUCUCCCUUUACUCCCUGCCCUAUCGUGGUUUCUGUAUCAUUUCCCUUUAGCGCUUGUUGUGUUUCUCUGUAUUGACUUUGGCUUUGUUUCUGACUACGUUUUCUCUUUAUCCUUAUCUGUUCUGGUUGUCGGCUUGCUGUUUACUGUGUACCAGACCCCGGCUCAUGAUUCUUCCGGCAAAAGCCCUUUUUACGUUGUCUAUGGCCAGCAUCCCGUUGUUCUUCCGGCUGCAUUCUCCUCACAGGGCAUGCCAGUUCUGGAUGAGCAUUUGGCUGGUUUGCGUAAUACUUGGGAGCAGGUUCAGCAUUCUUUGGUGGAUUCCGCUGCUCGCCAGAAGGCUCAGGCUGACAAGCAUCGCAGGGCGGCUCCUACUUAUGUUGUGGGGGACAGGGUUUUGCUUUCCACGCGGAAUAUUCGCCUGCGGGUGCCUUCUAUGAAAUUGGCUCCCCGCUUCAUAGGUCCUUAUCGUAUACUGCAUAAGGUUAAUCCUGUUUCAUACGCCUUGGGUCUUCCUAGGAAUCUGCGUAUUCCUAAUGUAUUUCACACCUCGUUGUUGAAGCCUUACGUACGCAACCGCUAUACCCGGCAUUCUCCGCCUCCCCCUCCUGUCUCCGUGGAGGGUCAUGAGGAAUUCGAAGUCUCUGCUGUUCUUGACUCUCGUUACCUUAGGGGUCGACUUCAGUACUUGGUGCAUUGGAAGGGUUAUGGGCCUGAGGAGCGCAGUUGGAUUUCAGCUGAUGCUGUUCACGCUCCCCGCCUUGUGCGUUCUUACCAUUCUCGUUUUCCUGCCAGGCCUGGUCCUACCCGCCCGGAGGGCGCGUCCUCAGGGGGGGUACUGAAGCGUUACUCACCUUAUCCAGGGGCCGGCCGCGGUGCGCGGUCCUGCUGCUGCACGAGCCGCGCGCGGCUCAUCCGACAGCUUCACUAGAAAGGCGGGCAGUGACCGCGAGAAGCGGUCACGUGUCCCGCCUGAAUCUAAGAGCGCACCGCGAGUCUCGGGCGCGCUCUUAAAGAGACAGUGGGAGCCUAAAUUGUUAAAAGGCUCCCAUUGGCCCCUGUCAUGCCACACUCCCCAUACACUUACCUUUUGGGGGUGUGGAUAUGACAGGAGCCAAUCACAUUAGUUUAGAAGCUAUUUAAACUUACCUCUCCCUUUACUCCCUGCCCUAUCGUGGUUUCUGUAUCAGUUCCCUUUAGCGCUUGUUGUGUUCAGUUGUGUUUCUCCGUAUUGACUUUGGCUUUGUUUCUGACUACGUUUUCUCUUUAUCCUUAUCUGUUCUGGUUGUCGGCUUGCUGUUUACUGUGUACCAGACCCCGGCUUGUCCUAGUUUACGCUGUCUCUCUGUGCCCUUGACUUCGGAUCGUUCCUGACUCUGCCUCCUCUCAUAUACGUCGAGUCCGGCCAUUCUAAGGUCCGGUAGACGUAUCUCUCCUCUGUGUUGUCUUCUGUUUAGCUGAAUCCUGCGUGUUGGGGUAUAUUGUCGUUACACUCAUACGCACACACUGGCUAUUACACACACUCACUGGCUCAUAGAUUACACUCACACUUAUUGUUUCUUACCAUUGCUCAACAGUCACUAGGUGAUUCUGCCCUGUUGAACCUGUCAUUCUCUCUCCCACAGCAUUCGGCCGCCAGGAUAUGACCUCAUGUAUCCCAGCAGCCUUUAGCUUAAAACGUUAUAGGCCGUGACCGCUCCUCUCACCUCCCAUCCCCUCUGAGGCUGCACACUGUUAGUGGGGCUGCACUAGAGUUCGACGGCCUAGUAAAUUCGGCAUGGCUGCAUAAAGUGACCAGUGGGAGAGGGGUACUCUGUGCUCCCAUCUCCUGCCAUUCACCCGGACAUCUUUGCAUCACCGGGCUUAUGCGCCCUAAGCGGCUGCUUGUGCCGCCUUAUGGUAACGCUGGCUCUGAGCACAGCCUACAGUCCUGCAAGACGAGAGAAGUAAGAGGGACAUAAAGAUGGACCUUGAUCAAAUAAAGCUGAAAAGAGGCCACCUAGAAAUCAUGUUCCGGACACUAAAAGAGAUUCAUGCAUAUAAAUUUAUUAUUUUACACACAAUUUGGUAAAUCACUAAUAGAAAAGCAAAAAUAUCAUGGAGUAAUUAUACCUGAUUUUAGUAGAAUAUUUAAACAAUUUCACAAUAUCAAUAAUAUUAUUUUAGUUCUAUUUAGGUUUGUCCCUCCACUAAAAAGGAAAAUUCACAUAUCAAGUGAUUUAACUGUCUUUGCCUCCAGCUAUGGUGGAAAAAAAUAAAUAAAUAAAUAAAGUAAGCAUAUGAUUUGUCAUUGGCAAUAUCUUGUUGGUACUGACAGUGCUUUGUUUAGCCUUUGUCUAGUUUCCUAUCACGCCGCUGUGUAUUCCCUCAUCCUGCUUCGCUCUGGCUGACCUUGUAUAACUACAUCUCCUGAAAGGCAUCAAUUGUCCCUCCGAUUUAGCAGCUAGCGAAACUGAUAUAUUAAUGAGCAAAGUAGAACAUCCUCUGUUUCUCUCCAUACACUAAGUUGCUUGUUCUAAGACUUCACUGAAAUAUCCAGCAACACAAAACUUCUAAAAUGAACAUUACGUAGAAGAUCAGACAAGAUAAAUAAGAGCCAUCUGUCUGUCACUGUAUUGCAUUUUGAUCAACUAAAAUAUUAUUCUAACCUAUUUUGAUAAGUUAGAAAUCCUACCAAAUUGGGUUAUUUUAGGUUACCCAUCUUCAGCCACUACCUAGUACUUACCAAAUAAUUUGUGACGUUUUUCCUAUAUUUGCUGUCUUUGAGUGAACCCUUAUUUCCUUGUAGACCUUAAUUAACCAGGUAAGCGGAAGUAGAGAGAAAUCGGGACAGCGAAUCCACAUAAAUGGAACAUAUUUAGCUUAUUCUAAAACUCAUUUGCAUGCAAGCUGAAAUUUCAGCGGUGUCCAUAACGUCUAUUCAUUUUUGUUGUACAAUGACAUACACAGACACAUUCACUUAAGUUCUAACAAGGCAUCAAUGAAGUUAUUGUACAUUUUAUACAUUAUGCUACAAGAAACAAAACUGCAGAACAGAGCCUGUUGGUAGGUUAUAAUCAGCAUACAUCAGAAGUAAUAGGUAAGAAGAACAGAUAACUUAUACAUAGACUGAAAUGUUUGGUAGGGUACCCCAUUCUAAGUACUAUGCUCACACUGUGCCUCAAAACUGAACUCAGAGAGGCAGUAUUGUGGGGGGAUAUGGGUUUUAAAGUGGGAGAAUAAGGGCAGUACUGUGGGGGAUUGGGGCGUUAAUGGUAGGGAUUGGAAUAGUAUUGUGGGAAUGAGGCUUUAGUGUCUUCCGAUAGGGGCACUAUUGUGGUAGAUAGAGGAAGCAUUGUGGGGGACUGGAGCUAUGAUGGAGAGGAUAGGAACAGUAUUGUGGGGCAUAGGGGCUUUUAGCUGGGGAGAUAAGAACAGUAUUGUAGGGGGAUUGGGGUUUUAGUGGGGGGAUAGUGUCAGUAUUGUUGGGGUGGGGGCAGUAUAGUGGGGGAUAGGGACAGUGUGGCUUAGACACAAUCUCACACACUCAGACAUUCUCACUGUUACGUCUGUCACUUAUGUGACGGGAGGCGUCUAGGAGGCAGGAAUCAGCCAAGGAGAAGUACUAAAGGGAAAACCAAAUUCGUAGUCGAGGAAAGCCAGGGUUCAUUUCAGGUGGCAUGGGUUCAGAGACAGGCAGGGGGUCAGAUACCGGAUAAAUCAGAUAAGGCAGGAUAGGCACACUGUAGUUGACACCACAGUAAGCACAGUAGAACUGAGCAAUGAGGUAGAGAUAGACUGAGAUUAUAUAGGGGAGAGGUAUCCAACUCUCACAUUAGUCCUUUAAAUAACUUCAGCUGUACUGUACCUUUAAGAGGCCACGUUCGGCAUGCGUGCGCCAAGCGAGAGAAUCACAUGUGGCUUCAGCUGGGACCUCCCACGGGUCACGGCAUGGAGAACCGAGGUACCACGUCCAUGUGUUGCAGGACCACCGGUUGGAGGUACACGAUGCUGUGCACGCUGGGGUCCUCGGCAUGCACCAAGAGGAGACCGCUGCAACAGCAGACGGAGACGUGGCGAGGGAGUCGCAGGUAAGUGAGUUUGUGACACUCACACACAGUGGAAAAAAAAAAUUUUUUUUUUUUAAAUCCACCCAGUGUCUCUACCUUUAGGGGAACUAGAGUGGAUCCACAGCACAAGCUGUAAUCUCCCUGAUGGCUGACUAACUAUCAAAAUAAAUCUUCCUCCUGGCUGCCACUCACAGCUGGUGAAAAGUAAAAAAAAAAACAAAAAAAAAAACAGAGGCUCUCUGCCUGGUUCUGAUCUGAUCUAGGGAUUGAUUAUAAUCGUGGAAGCCUAGCCCUAGUAAUAUGCUAGGUUCCAAUGGCUAUACUCUAUCCCUUCAUCACUUCUGGUUUAAGCCUUUUAAUAUAUCUCUGGAAAUUAUUAUUUCCUUCUCUGUCCCCCUCAACUUUUUAAUUUCCCAUAGCCUUGAUCCACCCUUGAUGUCCUGAGAUACCAGUCGACUUCUGUUUGUUACUAGUGAUGUCCCGAAUGGUUCGCCGCGGACUCAUUGAGUAAACUUUGACCCUGUACCUCACAGUCAGCAGACCCAUUCCAGCCAAUCAGCAGCAGACCCUCCCUCCCAGACCCUCCCACCUCCUGGACAGCAUCCAUUUUGAAGCUGCAUUCUUAGUGAGCGAGGUGGGAGGGUCUGGGAGGGAAGGUCUGCUGCUGAUUGGCUGGAAUGUGUCUGCUGACUGUGAGGUACAGGGUCAAAGUUUACUCAAUGAGUCCGUGGCGAACCGUUCGGCAAACCGUUCGCGACAUCACUAUUUGUUUUCUGAUGCUCCAUGUUUUUGUGCGUAUCAUCUCUUUGUAUCCAUCAAUAUAGGGUCUUGCUAAUACGAAUAAAUUACAUAGGAAAAAAUUGUAAGGUAAGAAUGCCUAGAAACGCAAAUCUAAUUAUGUACUCAAAUCCUCAUUGUCAUCAACCAAUAAAAGAUGCACUUUAGAUCAAAGCAGAAUGAAACACAGCAGAAUAUUAGUAAUGAGUACUCUAAAUAUAAGAGUAAAAUAGCUAUUAGGAAAAUAAUAAUGUUAUGAUACAGUAUGUUUCAUGUAUGCUUUUGUGCUCUUUAUUUGUUACCUAAAAACAGUGGCGGAACUACCAUGGUCACAAUGUUCGCUAUUGCAACAGAAUCUGGAGUUCUGCGUGUCAAGGGGGGCCAAGGCUAAGCUGGGCCCCAUAGCAGAACCAUUUUUUAGUGUAAUGUCAAUUUGGCAAUAUGUGAAAUAACAAGUUACUACAGGGAGCACUUAAAGUACUCACUCACAUUUCCGGAAUACUUGGAAUGAGUGAUGCUGCCAGGUUACACUCACUUUACUGCACAUGCAACCACACUCUGCCAACUCCACACUCAAUGUUUACUUUAGCCUCUAAUGUUAUGUUUAUAACCAUAUUUAUACUUUUACAAUGUUAUGUUAUUUCUGUUGCCAUUCUUUUAUUCUGUUUCAAAGUAACCCUGGAAAAUUAAUAGAAAUGUAUUAAAAAAAAACAAAAAAAACACAAACAACAAAUUAGGUCACAAUAGCCUAAUUGAAAAACAUAAUCUUAGCUAUUUCAGCCUUAGAUUUGAAAUUCAUUUUACAUUCCCCACAAUUCACAAUUUUGUGUUGCUCUCUCUAACUAUGAAGUAUAGUUUUGCUAGGAGAGGGCUGCACAUGCCUUCCUAUGAUACAUGUUUGACAUACCAUGGAUAUGAAAUGUACUGUGUUUAAUGGUAGCCAUAUGUCACCUUGACAUGUAAUGUGAUAACACAAACACAUAUGUAUGUGUAAAAACAAAAGCUAUUUGGAAUGAAGGGAUAAUAAUUACAAAUCUCUGGUGUUUUUUUGUUCUAAAAACAAAUGAAAACCAUUCCAAAUGUUAUUUAAAAGAAUAUAAGAAUGCAAAAUACAGGUUCUGUAUGGAUACUAUUACAAAAGUGUUUUACCGCUGUUUUGGGUCCAAAUAAAACCUUUACAUUCACACUAAAGUAUUUGUGAGUCUAAAGUGGGACUGGGACAAUCAAAGUUUUGCUAAGAGAAUGUGGUGUGUUAAAGCUACUCUCCUCCCCAUAACAAUUUAAUCUCAGUGAAUUUGUUAUGAUGGCAGGAAUGCCUGGAACCUGUUAUCUUACCUUCAGGAGACAAGCUGUUUUUAAAUGGUUUAACCCCAAGGUUUGUCCACAGCCUCCAUCACUACCACCCUCAGUCUGCCUCCGGUCAUCACACAGUCCAUGAAGGUUUACCUUACUGUCAGCUGACAUUCUGUGCCUAUCACUUGUCUCCAAGGCAGAGAUUCCUUGCUUGUAUGAUGGCCAGAAGAGGAUAUAGUGUUGUGAGGCACAGAAGAAACAAACGUCAGGGUUAAACUGGUCAAAAAUGGUUUAGCCAUUAAUGGUAAGAUGGCACCCAGUAACCUAAACCUCCAUAACAUCAUCUUUGGAAUGUAGUUGUUAAGGGGGCUGGAGUCUGGAAAGAGUGUCCCUUUAAUAUAAAAUAUUAAGCAAUUUUCUUUGCUCUUUUACAGGAACAUUACCUCAGGCGUUUGACAAAUUUUCUAGUAAAUGUUAACUGUGAGACUGAAAUUUCUAAAUGUUUUUAAAAUAUUAAAAUGUGUUAACUCAACUUAAAUUUAAAAUUUACCUCCACAGCAAUUACUGCAAUGCAUUAUUGAUUUCAUAGUAAGAAAGAAAAAAAAAAAAAUUAAAUAUGUUACUUACACAAGUAUUCAACAUCCACAAAGUAAUAUUAGUCAAAGCCACAUUUAAAGGGACACUAUAAGUACCAAAACAAAUGUUAAGGCUUGGCCUGCAGUUUUGGGAGGGGCAUGGUACCUAUUUAAACCCCCCCUACUCACCUUCCUCCUUCCCGUACGCCUUUUAGCGACUCGCAUGUCGCUAUGUCCGGUUGCCAUCUCUUCCUUGCCAGGUUCCUCGUGGUGCUUCUUACCUGGCCUACUGUUCCCCUGCUGUUUUCGUUCGUUUGCGGUCCAUUCUGGGGUCUGCUGUCGUGAGUUACUUAUCCUACCGUCGCGCCACGGUCGCAGUCCCACGGCGUCGUAACGGUCUGGGUCUAUUCUCCCCUUUUCGUGUGUGGUUUUCGUUUCCUCUUCCUGUUACAAUUCCCGAACAUGUUGGGCUCUCCGUUCGGGAGUUUUUUCCUUACUCACCUGGUUCGCGUUGCCCGCGUGGUUCGCGUUGGUGUUCAUGGGUAUCUGACGUUCGCCUGUUUUCCUGCGAACAUCCCUCUGUUUUUAAUGUCCGGGUUUCCACGUUUUACUUUGGUCCGUGUGGAUGCUGUCAAUCUGGCAAUCCAUAUGCAGGCAGACACUCCAUAUACACAGUUAAUCUCAUGGUAGGAGCAUGCAGUUAGAGAGAGGGGGAAGGGGGGUAUAUACAUUUUGUAUGGUCAUUUUUGUGACUAAUUUCUGAGGAUUGGUAUGUUCUACAAUAGGCUGGCAGAUUAUUUAUGGGUGUUUAGUUUUCCAUUAACGUUACGUUAUUAAAUGGUACUCGUUUUGCACGUGGUAUUUCACAAGGUGGGACAGGGUGGCCGCCUAUUAUUUGUGCCAGGGAUAUUGUGUGCACCAUCUUACUGCACGCUACUCAUACACCGCAUUUCUGUUUUUUGGUUUUUUUUUCUCAUAUUUCCUCACCAUGGAGGAUUAUGGGACUCCUGUUUGUUCUCUAUGGCGCCACAUGCUGGUCACUGCUCAUGGUGCAUGCUGUUAUGCUGGCAAGUUAUACUGUGAGGCUACCUGCCAUGGUACUUCAUAGUUUUCGCGGUAUGUCUGUUCUAUGCAAGGUUGGAUGAUUUUGUUUCUCUUCCCACAAUUUCUGUUGUCAUUAUACAUAAAUAUUUGUAUUUAACUUUAUAAUUGCUAAUAAAUAAAAAAUUUAAAAAAGAGGGAAAGCACGUCUCAGUCUCUGGUUAUCCGCACUCUGAUUUUGCAAUCGACUCAGUAUGGGGGAUUACAACUUACGUUUCCCUGCUUUGCUGAGCCACAUCUGACCACCAUACUUGUACUAUGUUAUUUGCCGGAAGGAACGCUAUGUUUUGUUACCGGGCAUGUGAUUCUGGCCUUAUGAGCCCGUGGGCUAGACACGUGUAUAUGCUUUCUAUUCUCCGUUUUCCAUGCGUACUCCAUGCAGCCUGUCCACCUGGUCUCCGACAGGCCCACUCUGCCAUCCAGUUACGGUCGGUCAACGUUUUUCCUCUUCCCCCACCCCCCCGCUGUCAUCACAGUUCAUCCCCUCUCUCACUCGUAUCCCUCCCCUAUUAGUUAGCUGUUGCUGGCUGUCAGGGUCCUAGGUGUCCACUAGUGGUAAUUCCCCCUGGCUUCUUCGCCUUAGGUUAGUGGUCCCGCAAGGCCAACACCCAUCCUCCUACUCGGAGGUACUACACCCCUCGGCCCAAAUCAUAGUUAGUCGCCUCGCAUUGUGACAUAUGGAGGGCCUCACCUGUCACUCCCAUUCUAUCUUAUGUUACCUGUCACAGAGAGGCCAACACCCCGCCACAACGUCCAGUGGCCACGUUAUCCCCUCGUGCCAACUCAUAGAUAGAGCCUCUCACGCUGCUUGGCAUCUAGCAGGGCCUCAUCUGUCCCUUAACCUAGUUUUAAUUGCUUCGCCUUUUGGUAUUAGCUAGAAUGCCAGCUCACAUACACAUACGCGCACACACACGCAUUGGGUCGCUUAUGCGCCGUCUCUUUUUUUUUUUUAGCAGGUCUCUGCUGCCAGGCAUCGGCGUGGUAUUGUCCACCUGGGCUCUCUGGCUUGGUCUGGUACCUCUUCGCGCUGUGGUGCUUUGGCUACUCCUACCUUUUCGGGUCCUGGGCCCUUCCUUGCUUUGCUGCGAUUCUCGCGAGUCCCUUUCCCCCCCCCCCUCCUGGCAGCCUUUCAGACGGCUGCACUCUCAGUCCGCACCCUACUGGUCACACUGUGGUGUGGGGGGCGCCGAGUUCGCUCGUACUUCUCCUUUUCGCCCCUGGUUGUCUUCGCUGCUGUCGUCUAUGGGGCGGUGUCGGAUGGCAGUUUGGGGUAACUGGCAUCUGCCACUUUGGCUGGUUCCGAUCCGGGCUUACAGCACCUUUCGGGGGUCUGACCAUGGGCUACCAGCCUGGUUAGCGCGUGGCUGUCUUUUUUCACGUCUGGCUCUUUUUUUUGGGGGGGUCUUCUUCCCCUUUGAGGCUCCUUUUUCAAAUUUACCGAUGCUGUUCCUGUAGCUAUGUUGUCUGCAUUUUUGGUUUUGCUUCUUUUGCCACCUCUAACUUGCAUCAACUCUACCUAUCCGGCUCACAACUCCACAUGUUGUACAGGUUUACCUUUCAUACGCAGUUUCAUGUCCUCAUUCUAGACUAUUAGCAUACUCAAGGUGUUUCAGGUUCCAGGAAUUUCAAAUUUACAGAUUUCACAUCAACAUCCAAGUAUCUCAUUCACUAUCAGACUUAUUAAAUGCCUGUCUCUAUGAACCGGGCAUCAACCCGCAAUGUAGGGCAAUGACUGCUUGAUCCAUGGAAAUCUGACUGCCAUUCUGGGGUCAAGAAGGAAUUUUUUUCCCAGCUUGUUGCAAAUUGGCAGCGCUUCAGUCUGGGUUUUUCACCUUCUUUUGGAUCAACCGUUUAAACACAAAUGAGAGGCAGGCUGUACUUGUCACUAGUCAUUUUAAUUUUGUAAUCUAGUUGUUGUGCCACUAUUCUUGCUUCCACAGUUUCUUGGGUCUUCUAUACUUUUCCACAGCCACCACUUCCUUCUUGCAGCAUUAUCUUAGGAAGUCUCACCUAUUCAUGCAGUCUACUGAUUACCUUCUCUACCCCACAUUUACUCUAACCUAGGGGGCCAACACAUUUAAUAUACCUUACUUCCCCAUGCACAAUUAAGAGACCUGGUUAAAGUGCUGGGCAACUUUUUCCUCGCUCAGCUUUUACCAUACAGCUAAGCAAUUAGGUUUUGUUGUUUGUUUUCGUUUCUGACAGGUACCCAAUUUUUUGGCCUCUUUUAUUACAGGCCUACCACAACGUCGGUUCCGGCACACCUCAACCGACUUAUUUCCCCUUUACUUCCUAUACGGCCUUAUUUGCCCCUCACACAAAUGUUAAGGCUUGGCCUGCAGUUGUGGGAGGGGCAUGGGAGGGGCAUGGUACCUAUUUAAACCCCCCCUACUCACCUUCCUCCUUCCCGUACGCUUUUUAGCGACUCGCAUGUCCCCACCCUCCACUCCCUCUAUCUAUACUUUCAUUACACCUCAUGGGUGGGCCCUCUUUUAUUACAGGCCUACCACAACGUCGGUUCCGGCACACCUCAACCGACUUAUUUCCCCUUUACUUCCUAUAUGGCCUUAUUUGCCCCUCACACAACUUUAGGUUAAUGGAGUUGUUUUGGUGUCUAAAUCCUGCCCCUGCAGUCUCACAGCUCAAUUCUCUACCCUUAUGAGCUCUUGCUAUAAGCCCCCUGCAUGUGACCUACACAGUCUUCCUACACAUUUCUUGUAAAGAGAGAUCUAACGUUUAAACUUUCUUUAUUGCGCAGACUAUUUAGUUUAGAAUCUUAUAUCCUGCUCUGUUAAUAUCCUGCAGGAGCCUCAUGCAGUGUCAUUAAAAUUCAAUUAACAGAACACACUGUGUUGUCACAUCUGAAUUGUAGUGAAAUAAAAAACAAAAAUAGAGUUGAAGAAUUUUACCAAAUCACCUAUUUUUUGUGAUAAAAUUUUUAAUGAAUUACAGAUAUAGUUAACCUCCUAAUCUUUACAGCAAUAAAACAUUGAAGGAAAAAUCUGCAUUAUUAUAUUUGCCAUUUUAACUAUAGUACUGGAAAUUGUUUUCAGCACAUGGACUUAAAAUUCUGACAAAUAGUUUUGUUUCUCUUUGCCUAGGAAUGGUUCAAAGCCCGAUUAGCCAAAUGGAGAAAAUCAGAGGGUUUACCGACGGAAUGUGGAUCAGUCAUGGACUAA